CGUAUUUAUAUGACGCAUUCUUUGUGGUAUUUAUUAUCUAGCCAUCGUCGCCAUUUCGAAAACAGCAUUAGCAUUCUUCCAUCUCAGUCGCGCCUCCCAUCUUCCACCCGAAACAAUCAAGUUCCACAUUCAGCUUCUAACCCCACCAAAUCAAGAAACAUGUCUUUCGCAGUCGGAGGAGCAGCCAUUGGGUUCGAUGACUUCGUCAGCCCAGGUGUCAGUGCCCGCGGUAUUGAGUACGGCGCCAGCUCAUACCCAGUUCUCCACCCAAGACAAAACAGCACAGCACCAGCGACAAAUGACACAGUCAACAUGUUCAUAGACUCUAUGGACGAAGACUGGGAAUACGCUGCAUCCAUCAUUGAAGCUUGUGCCGAUCGAACAGUUUUGGCGCUUCGGUGCACCUCCGGAGGAAGCUUCGUUGGCACCCAAACUUGUGGUCCUAAUGCCGCCGCCGCAACUGUGACUGUGGCAUCUACUUCAUACUACUUGUCCAGCGCCGUGACGACCUCAACUCUUGGCAGCCAGGUAUCCGCUACCGCCAUUGAAUCGUGCCAGCUUGGUGGCACAACAGCUGCAACCUGCGCUGUAACCAUCGGAGGAGAGGUUGAUGGCAAGAAAACCUCAACGAGCACAACAACAACAGUAUCUGGCACAGACUACUACCGGUUCGAUGUAGCCAUCACCGGUGGUGCAGAGAAGACUGCUUCUGCCACGGCGACUUGCGCGCCUGGGAAGAAUGCGGGCACGUCUUUGAGCGCUAAGUCGAUGAUGGUGUUUGGAUUGGCUGGUCUUGCUACGAGUGUUCUCGCCCUCUUGUAAUCUUUUACCAGCGACUUGUUUGGCUUUAAUGUAAUACCCCAGCUAUGUACUGUUUUAUCAAAAGAAGGUUUCACUCGCAUUGAGAGUGGUUGCAUAGCAUUAUUUGGGUCAUGUACCUCCUCUUGUUCAGGUCGUAAGAGGACUUGACUCUUGCGAUAUUCCUAGAAACCUACAAAAUAACGUUUUAAUGAUGAAAUAGAAAUGGCUAU